UUUUCUGGACGUCCUGGCUGCCCGUAAGGAUCCUGCCGGUCUGUCUGGAGAGGUUCUUAUAGACGGAGCUCCACAACCUCCAAACUUUAAAUGUUUGUCUGGAUAUGUGGUUCAGGAUGAUGUGGUCAUGGGGACACUGACCGUUCGAGAGAAUCUGUGUUUCUCAGCCGCUCUACGGCUUCCCAAAUCUAUCAAGCAGAGAGAAAAGGAUGAGAAGGUCGAGAGACUCAUUCAAGAGCUCGGCUUGAGCAAAGUGGCAGAUUCACGGGUGGGCACGCAGCUGAUUCGUGGAAUCUCGGGCGGAGAGAGGAAGAGGACUAAUAUCGGUAUGGAGCUGAUCAUUGAUCCUUCUGUGCUGUUUCUGGAUGAGCCCACCACGGGUCUGGACGCCAGCACGGCAAACUCGGUCCUCAAGCUGCUCAAGCGGAUGGGGAACAGCGGUCGCACCAUCAUCCUGUCCAUCCAUCAGCCGCGGUACUCCAUCUACCGGCUGUUUGACAGUCUCACGCUGCUGGUGAACGGGAAGCUGGUUUAUCACGGAGCCGCUCCGAACGCUCUCCAGUACUUCAGUGACAUCGGAUACACGUGUGAACCUCAUAACAACCCUGCUGAUUUCUUCCUGGACGUCAUCAACGGAGACUCUUCGGCCGUGGCGCUCAACAAACUCAACGACAGCGAGGAGCUGGAUCAGGAGCAGGUCAGUUCGUCUCUGAAGGGCAUCGAGGAGCAUUUGGUGGAGGAAUACAAGAAAAGCUCCAACUUUAAAGAAACUCAAAGUGAGCUGCAGAGAAUCGUUCAGGGUCAGGAAUACAGCACACGUCCCAAAUCCAGAACCAUCACCUACAGCACGUCCUUCUGUCAUCAGUUCCGAUGGGUUCUCAAGAGAACGUUCAAGAACCUCUUGCUCAAUCCUCAGACAUCAGUCGCUCAGAUUGGGGUGAUGAUUUUUCUGGCUCUGAUUGUUGGUGCCAUAUUUUUUGGAGUGAAAGCCAAUUCGAGUGGAAUUCAGAACAGGAUGGGCGCUCUGUUCUUCAUCACAACAAAUCAGUGCUUUAGUUCUGUUUCCUCAGCCGAGCUUUUCAUCACAGAGAGGAAACUAUUUGUACACGAGUACAUCAGUGGAUACUACAGAGUCUCCGUCUAUUUCCUGUCUAAGAUUCUGUCUGACAUCAUCACCCUGCGAACCAUUCCUGCCGUGAUCUUCAGCUGUGUGGCGUACUGGAUGAUAGGUCAAACACACACUCACACA